CAAACAAAAUAACCAAUAGAUUACCCGAUUAUUUAAAGAAUCGGUAGCUGCCCUCGGAACUCAUUGAAGCUUUUAAGUGAUUACUCGAAUAAUCGAACAAAAAUAAUCCAUGAUUAUUAAAAUAAUCAGAAGCUGCUCCAAAACGCAUUGAGGCUAUACAUUGUCUUUAAUCAGAGUACCCGAUUGGUCAAACAAAAUAAUCGACAGAUUACUCGAUUAAUCGGUAGGUCACAUUUGUUUGAUCGUCUCAGUGAUACGGGACAAAGUUUGUCCCUUUCCAGCUCGAUACAGUUUCUCGUAGCGGUGUGUCUUCGGUGGGAACAGUGUGGGGUCUAAAUCUUCGGACUCGCGGGUGUGACGGUCACUUGGCUCGCAACCGUCACGGGGGGUUUCCGCGGGACGCGUGUAAGUCCUGGAUUCAUCGGCGACACAUCACGCUCCGCUGAGCGUUCAUCCUGUGUUGAAACAGCUGAGGCGGUUUUGUUUUUGCCCUCCCUCGCCGCCUUCCUCUCCAAAAAUUGGUAACCGUGUCUGCGUUUUUAGCGCACCCCCCCAACCCGCCUUGUACCCCGGAAUCCUCUCGCCAUUCAUGCGUGUGGUGUGUGCGCGGCGGGUUGGUUUCCCCCUCUUUGUUUGCUGUGGUGGAAAAAAAAAAAAAAAACCCGUGAGCAGAUGCGGGUGGCGGCGGCGGUCUGGAGGGAUUCUGAAGCUGUGCGUCCAGCUCCGUGCCAUCCUCUGCCAAGGUGGCAUUAUGCGAGCAGAGCGGGGAGGGGGGAGUGCGGGGAGGCGAUGGCGGCCACAGAGGUGCAGUCAGGGCUCGGGACGAGGGUCGACUUACUCCCUUGAACUUUGUCUCCGUGUCAGAGUGGAACUUGUCAAUUUGGGGAAUUGCGUGGCGUCGGACAAGGCUGCACAAUCUCCUAUCCCACCCCCCCCACGCCACCGACCCUUCCUCCUCCUCCUCCUCCUGCUCCUCUUCCUCACCCCCCCUCCUCCUCCUCCUCCUCCGACUCUCUCUAUCUCUCCCCUCCCCUUUUCCAGCUCUUGAAGCUAACGUAUUGGCUGGGCUUCCAGGCGCGGCGUUGCCAAAUAGGUGGGCCUUACUCGCGCUGGCAGAGGCUCAAGCAAUGGUCGGGGAAAGAGCGCGGCGAGGACGAGCGACGGCGACGGGGAGAACAGAAAGGGAAAGAGAGAGAGUUGGAGAGAAAAGGGGGGAAAAAAGAAGCUGCAGUCGGCUUUGCCAGCGGUCGUAUGCGCUCGUCCAACAUUGAUUCGGCUCUCUAUCCACCCCCCCCCAACCCUCCACCCCACCUCUAUCCUGUGCCGCCACCCCCCGCUUGCCUCUCUGUGCAUGUGUGUGUGUGUGUGUAUGUGUGUGCGUGUGUGUGUGUGUGAGCCUUGCACCAGGCCCUGGGAUCAGAACCACCACCAAUUUACUCCUUGCCAAGGAUUUUGUAUUCAAGUUUUUGGGUUGUUUUUUUUUUGCACAACGGAUGAUUUAAUUUUUAAGUGAAUCAUCGCCGUUCUUUUUUCUUUUCAACCCCCCCCCACACACCUCAAUACUCUUGAAUAUUCUAUUUUUACCGGACAAUCCUUUUUGCCAAAUUAUUGCGGUAAAACCUGAAUUUUUUCCAGAUUUUUUUCUUUUCCAAAUUUUAAAAGCUAAUUAUUUUUGACAUCUCCUCCAAUUUUUUCUCUCUCCCGCCAUUAAUUCUCCACUCUUUGCCAAACCAGCACUUGCUUUACAUUUGGGAGCGCGGAAGAAUUUUUUUUUCUAUUCUUUUUUUUUUCUCACUUUUAACGCUGUGCCAAAUUUAUGAUGAGAGUGCAAAAUGGUAACUACCAGGCCGUCUGUCUUCUUCUAGCCGUGCGCUGUUCUGUCUGCUUUCAGUGUGUUGUGGAAAUGUGAGUCUGCUUGUGGAGCUCCCUUUUUAUUUUUUGCAUGAUAGCGCAGACAGGAAGUGGUAUGGCUGAUCUUUUAGCGGCACAUUUCAACAGUGGUCUUGUGGCGGAAAGGCUUGGCGAUGGUGAGCGACCGGUGUGUGGCAACCCUGCCACGGGAGCGCUAUGGCGAGAUCUGGGCUUUGUUGCCCAGAGAUAUGUAGUGAAGGAUGAAUUUCAUCCCUUCAUCGAGGCCCUCCUCCCCCAUGUCCGUGCCUUCUCCUACACCUGGUUCAACCUGCAGGCCCGUAAGCGCAAGUACUUCAAGAAGCACGAGAAGAGGAUGACCAAGGACGAGGAGCGCGCGGUGAAGGACGAGCUGCUGGGCGAGAAGCCCGAGAUCAAGCAGAAGUGGGCCUCGCGCCUCCUGGCCAAGCUCCGCAAGGACAUCCGGCCCGAGUUCCGCGAGGACUUUGUGCUCACCAUCACGGGGAAGAAGCCGCCGUGCUGCGUGCUGUCCAACCCCGACCAGAAAGGCAAGAUCCGCCGCAUCGACUGCCUCCGCCAGGCCGACAAGGUGUGGCGGCUGGACCUGGUGAUGGUCAUCCUCUUCAAGGGCAGCCCUUUGGAGAGCACGGACGGGGAGCGGCUGGUCAAGUCGCCCCAGUGCUCCAACCACGGCCUGUGCGUCCAGCCGCACCACAUCGGAGUGACGGUCAAGGAGCUGGACCUCUACCUGGCCUACUUUGUCCACACACCAGAACAAUCGGGACAAUCAGACAACUCUAACCAGCAAGGAGAGACGGACGUCAAGCCCCCGCCGAACGGCCACUUGAGUUUCCAGGACUGCUUUGUGACUUCAGGGGUGUGGAACGUAGCCGAGCUGGUCCGCGUGUCGCAGACCCCAGUCGCUACGGCAACUGGCCCAAACUUCUCCCUGGCUGACCUGGACAGUCCUGGGUACUACAACAUCAACCAGGUGACCCUGGGACGGCGCUCCAUCACCUCCACACCCUCCACCAGGACUGAAAUGGAGCUUUAUGCAAGUCUCCCACGGAGCUCCAACAAGCGCAAGUCCAUCGACGACAGCGAGAUGGAGAGUCCCGUGGACGAUGUCUUCUACUCGGGCCGCUCGCCAGCGGCCGGCAGCAGCUCACAGUCCAGUGGCUGGCCCAAUGAUGUGGACGCAGUGCAGCACCAUUUGGCCAGUGUGCAGGAGAGGAAGAUUAAGCAUGAGAGCGAUGGAGUGCAGUUUCCUUACCAUGGACUGUCAUCGCCUGGUUCUCUUAAGAAGCCGGGGAAAUUCGAUUUCAGCGCCCUGUCCUCCCAGACGAGGUCCCCCCGCAUGGCGUUCACCCACCACCCACUGCCAAUGCUGGCGGGAGUGAGACCAGGGAGUCCCCGUGCUUCCGCCUCGGCCCUGCACUUCCCGUCGCCCUCCAUCAUCCAGCAGUCGAGCCCUUACUUCACCCACCCGACCAUCCGCUACCACCACCACCCUGGACAGGACCCCCUGAAGGAGUUUGUGCAGUUUGUCUGUGCUGAUGGCCCGGGGCAGGCCGCCGGACAGCCAAACGGGAGCGGCCAGAGCAAAAUGCCAGGCUCCUUCUUGCUGCCUCCACCUCCCCCAGUGGCCCGCCCAGUGCCCCUCCCUAUGCCCGACUCUAAACCCAACAGCACGCCCCCUGACGGCGGACUCUCCUCGCCCGCAUCUCCGUCAUACUCCACGCCAGGCGCCACAGCUCCCAACAGGUUUGUCGGCAUCGGAUCACGGGACAACAACUUUCUGAACAUCCCGCAGCAGACACAGUCUUGGUUCCUCUGACAAGAUCUGUGUGCAAACCAGCAACAGGAAUUAUUUCUUUACAAUCAGAAAUAGAUGAUAAUUGUCCUCCAAUCACAACACAGUACAGCGACGGGCCAUCACAGCGUAUCUCACCUACCCUUUAGCCAAAACCCGGCGAAUCACCGCAGGAAAAUUCAGCAGCACACAGAGGAACUCUGGACUCAUCGUAAUCAGUCAGAGGAAGUAGCCAUACGGAGCAAAGAACGCUCGGUGGGAAGAUGACGGCAUGGACAAGAGGAGGGCAGGAGAGCGAAGGGUAAGGUGACGAAUGCUUGUCGGAGGGAUGUCUCCUGAAAACAUCAGCACAACAUGACAGCGGCGCAGGACAAGCCUGAGGACAAGAACUUGGCGACACAGCUGUCCAACCAACAUUUGAGCAGAGCCCACAAUGAAAUAUAGAUUUCCAGUGAAAGCCGCGGUCCAGGCUCCACCUAAAACCAGUCAACGUUUCCCUCCCAGAACGAAACGUUGGCUCGAUAAAGGUCCCUUCCGCUAAAGAGACGCCAUGCCAAAAUAUCGCUUGUAGGCUAGCACUUACAGGCUCAAUCAAUUACCAGGAAUCCUAUCGAUGUGCACUAAUUGCCUACGAGGCAUGGAGAGUCAACCACGAGUUGGCACAAGAGACCGUCACGCGUCUCCCCCAAAGUCGAGACCCACCGCUCUCGCAUCUUACACUUUGGUAACAGGAAGUCCGGUCAGACAAAAUCUGUGCCAUGAACGCAGCAUUUUGUGACAUGAAUUUCUCGAAGGUGCGCUCGCAAAGGAAGCCCAGUGAGGCGUCACCGCCCUGUUUGGUUGGCGGUGCAAAGCAACUCUGUCAAACACCAACGUAGAUAGCAGCUACCCACCCUCCUCCCCUCUUGUAAAGUCGGCGAUUGCGUCUGGUAUCUUGUGCAUGUUCUCUUAUUUGACUUCCUUUUGGAUUUGUACUAUUUUAUAAUUGUUUUAUAUUUGAAUGACAGCACCUUAUGAGGAAAUACAGUAGGAUGUUGCAAGGUGGUUUAGCGAAGCCCACGGUCACGUGUGGAGGACGGAGAAGAAAACAAUUCAAACAUUUCGGGGAAACUUUGCUUCUGAAGAAGAUCAAUUUGCGUUUAAGGAUUGGCAAUGAUAACAGUGGGCGUGCCAGCAGCUGGGGCGCGCUCCGAUUGGUCGGUGAAGCCAGUUUGUUCCAAUAUUUUUACCCCAUUAGAAAACGUAAAGAAGCUUUCGUUUAUUCACGCCCUUAUUGGUCAGUGCCAAACACACAGGGUUCAUAGAGCUUUGGGUAUUUGUUAUACUUUUGAUUUUAUUACAACCUGGGAUGGGCAUUUGACUUAGUUCCAAUCAAUAAAUUGUCCAUACGAUACGUUGGACUGGUCGCCAGCCAAUCACAGGCCACUUAUAAACAAACAUCCAUUCAAUUGUUUACCACAGUGGAACCCGUUUGAGUUCACCCCGUCAAUGUCCACAGCAAGUUCUGUUCCAACCUCUUCUGAAUAUUGCCCCCCAAAACACUACCAAGACAAACAUAGUCCACAGAAUUUGGGACACAAAAGGGUAAAUUCGAUUGAAAAUCGGCCUGUUUAUGUUGACUAGUGUUAUAGUUAAGCGUGUAAGUAUCGAAUGAUAUCGGCUUGCGUCUAAAUUAUUAUAUUUUAUUUUAUUUUAUUUAGUUAAGCCCUUUACAAAAAGUAAAUAUGGUGGGCUAUGAGGAGCCAGCAGCUACUCAACAGCUAAGCACACAAUAGCACACAAGCUAGACAUGCAUAAUAAGCGCUUUUAAUUUAACUAUAUUGCUGUCCAAAGAAUGAUUUUUGGCAAUAUAAACAAGUAUCAAAUCAUUAAUGUUGUAUAUUAAUUACAGAUACAAAGUCUCCAAGGGGAAAAAAAAGUAUAGUAGAAAUUAUCCAGUAACAAACAUGUGCGCAUCUCUCAAUUUACAUUAAUUUAAUGAAUUAUUGUGACCCCUUGGUGUCGCCAAAAACAAAUUAAUACUACACUUUAAAAAUCAUACAUUUAGUGUUUUUAUACCCACUAUUGUUUUCUGUUUGACUAAUUUCACUUGAACAAGACGCUACUAAACUUCCGCACUACAAAAUGAUAAAAGCAUCUACUAUGAUCCGUGCUGAUAUCAUAUCAGAUUAAUAUCGGUAUCGGCCAAUACCCAAGGAUCCGGUGCGAUAUCGUAUCGGAAGUGAAAAAGUUGCAUCGAGACACCCUGGUGGUAGUAUUGAUCAUCAUCAUUGCUACCGUCUUCAUUAAAACUUCUGACUUCCUGCUCAGUGCAAAGUCAGCUUCAGAAUAAAAGCAUGGCAGUAUCAACAUGGUUUCUAUACCAGAGCAUGUAUGCCUUUUUAUAAAAAAGUACUUUGCAAACGUUUGUUUCCUAGCAUAAUUGAGGGUCGUUCCAUUCAUUAAAACUUGCUAGAAUUGUAUAAUUCAGCAGUUCUCAACACAAACCCCCCAUAAUUUGCUCUGUAGCUAGCGCCACCAGUUUCACAGUAUUGGCCAAUACCCAAGGAUCCGGUGCGAUAUCGUAUCGGAAGUGAAAAAGUUGCAUCGAGACACCCUGGUGGAAGUACUGAUGUCAUCAUCAUUGCUACCGUCUUCGAUUCCUAGCAUAAUUGAGGGUCGUUCCAUUCAUUAAAUCUUGCUAGAAUUGUAUAAUUCAGCAGUUCUCAACACAAACCCCCCAUAAUUUGCUCUGUGGCUAGCGCCACCAGUUUCACAGUAUCGGCCAAUACCCAAGGAUGAUAUCGUAUCGGAAGUGAAAAAGUUGCAUCGAGACACCCUGGUGGUAGUAUUGAUGUCAUCAUCAUUGCUACCGUCUUCGUUAAAACUUCUGACUUCCUGCUCAGUGCAAAGUCAGCUUCAGAAUAAAAGCAUGGCAGUAUCAACAUGGUUUCUAUACCAGAGCAUGUAUGCCUUUUUAUCAAAAGUACUUUGCAAACGUUUGUUUCUUAGCAUAAUUGAGGGUCGUUCCAUUCGUUAAAACUUGCUAGAAUUGUAUAAUUCAGCAGUUCGCAACACAAACCCCCCAUAAUUUGCUCUGUAGCUAGCGCCACCAGUUUCACGGAUCGUCGCAAAAUUUGGUGGAACUCAUCGUGUUAGAACUCAUGUUUCAAAACAAACAGGGAAUCGGCCAUUUUGGUUUGGAACGGCCAUUGUGGGAGAAAAACCAGGGGUUGAACUUUGACUUUGACCAACUGAGCCCAAAUUUACUGUAAAUCACGGACACUAGACAGAUACUGUAAAACUUCUUACUUCCUGUUCAGUGCAAAGUAAGCUUCAAAAUAAAAGCAUGACCGUGUCAACAUGGUUUCUAUACCAGAGCAACUGGCUUAAUGCCUUUUUUAUAAAAAAUAAUUUAGAUUUGUGUAUAUACAAAAGACAUGAUCAGCUAAUUUCUGUCAUGCCGACAACCACUUAUGUCGACGAAAGUAUGCCAACUUAAGCGGGUUCCACUGCAUUGCCUUUUGUUAAUCGUCUUUCGAACACGAACAAGUCGAGUGUGAAUCAACAGCCGAGAAGUGUAGUCCAUUCUUACCUUAAUUUCUACAAAGCAAUAUUUAAACAUAUUUCAGCAUUUGAUCAACUACGCCCGUCCCUUUUUCCAACGCAUUGUCAGAAUUUGUCAUCUGUCACACUUUGAGCGCGUUCGAAUCCUUACAUUAUGACCCCCAAAAAGCUGUAUGAACCCUGCAAACGUAAGGGCGGCAACUGCAAACUCGAAGGUUUAGACAAUCAAAAGAAGGCGUAUUUCCCGGGGACCGCUUGAGUCGAGAGCAGUCAACCAUGUGGAGCAUGGCUGAGUCUGUGUGGUCAGCGAAACGGAAAAGAAGGGAAAAGGUUGCUGAAUACGGGAAAGUUGUUCUUUUUCUGUCUCCAUUUAAAAAUUUAAAAAAAAUUAAAAGUUUACCUGUUGUUUACACUCCCAGAAGGACCGCUGCUCCAAGAGCGGAGGGAACCACGCUGCGGAGCAAAAUAAAUAUGUGACAUAUCGGUCUGUUUUCAGUCGCCCGUUUUUUUUAAAGCUUAAAGAAAAAUGGUAAAUGAUGGUAAUCUCAGCCUUUUUUAUUGGUUUUAUCGAUGAGCCCUUACUGAUUAAAAAUGCACUAAAACAAUCACGCCAGCCCACCUUUUUUUAAAUUUAUUUAAUCUGUGUUGACGCCAUACCUGUCAACGCUCCCGUAUUUUGUUCCUGCAUUUUUCCCCGUGUUUAAACUCCCAAAAAUAGGAGUUUAUAGGACUCAUAUAAUCAGUUCUUUCAAUUUGACUUUCCUUAUAAUAUUCCCUUUUUUUUUUUUAAUUAAAUGACUUUUCUAUUUAAUACAAAAAAAUCUUAAUACUGCAACUUUUCUAAAGAUAUUUGACGUUUUAAAUGUUUGGGUAGAAUUUUAUAAAACAAAACCAAUUUUCUUUUAAGUAAUUUUGACAUUUAUCAGAACUGUUUUUAAUUUUAUUUUUUUGCACCCAAUAUUAUUACAAAACUGUUGAUUUUGAAUGGGGAAUCGAUUCUGAAUCAAAUAGUUCACCCCCAAGAAUCAAAUUAAAAUCAUGUGGUGCCCAAAGAUACA